AUUCCCCACGCAGUGCAAAAGUGAGCCUGUAACUGUGAGUACAGUGUGAGGGUAAUAAAGUAAAACUAAAAGACCAGAUUAGUGCAAAUUACAGUUUAUGUGGGAUAUUGCAUCAUGCAGCAAUUUCUUCAACGGAAUCUGACUGUGUAGCUAGAUGGCCCACCAAUCAAUUAAUAUAUAAACACCAAAAUCCUUGCUGAGUUAUUAAAAUGGAGGGGUCAGGUGAAAAUCCUGUCAUUUUAGAUGUGGGAAACUUGCUCACCAAGGUUGGACUUUGUGAGUUGGAGAAAACUUCACCGGACCACAUAUUUCCAUCCCAAGAAUCUGAUAUAUUUCCUGACAAAUUUGAUGAACAUUCAUCAUUGAUAUCAGAUAGCACUGUCACCAACUGGGAUAGGUUUGAGGAUAUAAUGCAGCAUGCAAUAGGAAUUACCAGCAAGAAAAAAAGCUCCGAUCAUCCUCUAGUACUUGUCGAAAAACCAGGUCUUGACCGUCACUGUCGCCAGAAGAUGGUACAAUUAGCAUUUGAAGGUUUGGAAGUGCCUUACUUCUACCUUGGAAGUGAACCAACCAUGGCACUCUAUUCAGUUGGUCUUUCAGCAGGGAUUGUGCUGUCUUCAGGUCACGAGUCGUCACACGUUUCCACAAUUCAUGAUGGGCACAGGCCUCCAUAUGGUCUUGUACCUCUAGGGUUCGGAGGUAAAGAUGUGACUUCGUACACAGCAGACAUUGUAAAGGAUAUGUUAGGCAAGGAAUUUAGUACCGAUGAGGCUGAAAAUUUUAAGUGCCGCAAUGGGCACUUCUAUGCUGAAGAGACACCAUGCAAUCCAGGCUCUGAAAAAAAGGAAGAGAUUGGGCAAAAGAUUGCAGAGUAUGUGUUGCACCCUAAAGGUGAUUGCUAUGGUUUUCAUGAGGCUAUUACUCGUAGUAUCCGUCUAACUGAUGAGGAAGAUGACUAUGAACCGGUUUAUUUCCGCAAUAUAAUGCUCUGCGGCGGAAACACUCUCUUCUCUGGAAUCAAGGAGAAGUUGGAAAUGGAAAUAAAGACACCAGAUUAUCUCACAUGUGGGGUCCGUGUGAUUGCGCCAUCAUUCCGACAGCAUGCAGCAUGGGUAGGAGGCUCAGUUGCUGCCUCGCUUCCGACUUUCAAGACAUUCUGGAUAACCGAAGAGGAUUAUUGUGAAUAUGGAGAAAAUAUUUUAUGUAGAAAGUGUCUUCCAUAUUGAUAAAGUCUAGCAUAAAGCAAGGAUGGUGCUACUGUGAUGGGGGGGGGGGGGGCAGGGGAUGACCCCCUCAUGACUUCAAGUUCAUAGUCACAGCAAAGUGAGAAAAAAAGGGUGCUAUUUGAGAAGACAGAAUAAAUAAUAAGAAUGGAAAAGAUAUGACUUGGGCGUACAUUGUGCAGUAAUUCUAUUUUGUAUCUGUUUAUAAAUUGCAGAUUGAAGGAGUCAUCUCACCGUUUUAUCUCGGGUACUUUUUUUUAGUUUUAUCAUCUCUUAUUGGGUACAAUAAAAUUUCAAAUUGCAUUUCAGAGUACUUUUUAAACAUAAUUAAUGGAAAGUGUUUUGAUAUACAAAGUUGGUUUGAUUAUGUUGGGCUUGAAAUACCUUGACUUGGCUAUUUAACUGUGCAAUACUCCAUCUAUGUAUUUGUAUAUGCACAUCUAUAUUCAAAAUUAAGGAAUGAAACUCACAUUUAUGUCAUCUUGUCCAUUUUAUCUUGGGUACAGUCAGUAUGUUCAUUUUCUAUUUUGAGGGUCCGUGCCCCCAAAAUCAUGAUAUUUUAGUCCGGGGGGGGGGGGGGGGCACUCAAAUCAUAUUUUAAAGGGGGUGUGCCUCACAAAAUCCUGAAAUGGGGGUCUAAGGAACUGACUGCAAUGGUAAAAUAUGGGGGUCUUGGGAACUAAAUAUAUAUCGGCGGUGUGAAAAACGGGUUUAAGGGAUCGCGGUACUGUAGGUACGGUGCACGCUAGCGCUGUGCAUGUAUAUGUGGGCGCUAGCCGUGCAUGGAGCUGCUAGCAGCUUGUUAUUGAGGGGGUUGUGAAGCCGUGCGUGCAGCUCUCGCAUGCGGUGCUCGCGCUGGACGAUUUUGGUAGGGCUGGUGGACUGAGAUGCUUUGUAACGGGGGUCUUGCGAUCGGGGCGGGGCGGCUUCUGAAUGGAACUUCUGUCAUUCGGAGUAUCUAGAGAACUGAAAAUUAGGUCUGAAAAAAGGGGUCAUCAAAGCAGCAUGUCCCCCUACCACCAUGUGAGUGCCAACCUCCCCCCCCCCCCCCCCCCCCCCCGGAUUUUUGUAAGAAAGUACAUGUUCUUGCCAAAUUCUGUCAAGCCUAUUCUGUUAAAUUUUCUGUUUUCUAUGUCAUGGAAACUGGGAACUUUGAUUCAUAGAGUAAUUUCCUUCCUGAACCUAUACUACCUCACAUAUCCAAUCAUUAGUUAUCAUGACUGCUCUACUAGUCAGCUUGCCUCUAAUAGCCAGCUUCAUUUUGUAUUCUUCUUUCACAUGUGCAGUGGCGUAUCUGGGGGGCAUGGGGCAUGUGCCCCAGGCACCACUUUCAGGGGGACCUAAAGAAAGACAAAAGUGAGGAUAAAUUAAGACAAAUGGUUGAAAAAAGAAAGAACCCUUCAAGGGUCUGAUCUAACAAAUGAUCAAAGCAGCUACCUUUGUCAAAAUUUGGAAGGGCAAGAUUUUAAAGCCAACCCUUUAAGCCAGAUGCUGACAUUAAAGCAGUUCCAGAUAUUGGAAGGGGCAAAUAUUGCCCCUGGUGCUUUUUUCACAUUCCACUGUUCAAUUCACAUACUUCAAGUGUUUUUACAUUUUUUUAACACAGUGCGCAUGCAACGGUGAUCUUAAUUGGUCAUUGGCAUGUAGCAUUUGAUUGCAAGCUUUUUAUGUAUCCCAUUGUAGAGGAAACAAAGAAGGUCACACAAUGUUGCAUAAUUUGCUAAAGUAUUGUUAUCUCUUUUGCAGGGUGCUACAUAACUUUUUAGAAGCACUUGCCCAGUCAGGCAAGUAAAUUUUUAAAUAGUUGGAAUAUACUUGCCCUAAAAUCUAUUUCACUUGCCC